AGAUCUACAAGGUCCAGAUGAAAUGGGGGAGGACGGGAAGGCUGCCGCGGCGAACCCCGCCAUGCCCGGCGCCGACCCCGGCCUCUCCUCUCCCCGUCCUCUGCUGCGCCAUGGUUCUGCCCCCGGGACCCAAAGCUUGGCACGGGCGCUCGUGGCAGAGGCUUGAUGCAGACCGGUGCAGUGAAUGAGCAUCGUAGUUUAUAGCCGGUCGCCAGUGGAGCUAAGACACCUUCGGCGUCGAUGAGACAACCAGAGCAAGGCGACCCACAGGCUGAAAAGUGAUCUCCUUGGAGAUGCGGAACUGCCGCCGCGUGGAGCCCUCCUGGUCGGAGAGGUCAUGGUUUGAUUCUUGCAAAUGGUGGCAGGAGAGAUGUAGUUACAAACUAUGUGAUGCAGAUCCUAGGACUUCAGCUCUGUGCAGAUACAAUGGUCGGAAAUGAUAUGGCAAGAGGCAUAUCUGGUGGGCAAAGGAAGCGUGUCACUAUAGGAGAAAUGCUUGUUUGUCCCGCAAAAGUUCUAUUAAUGGAUGAGAUUUCAAAUGGUCUUGAUAGCUCAACUGCAUUCCAGAUUGUGAAUUAUCUGAGGCAGUUACUCCAUGUGCUUGGGGGGACUGCUCUCAUCUCUCUGCUGCAACCAGCACCGGAGACAUAUGUCCUUUUCGACGAUGUCCUCCUCCUCUCAGAGGGUCAUGUCAUGUACCAAGGCCCCAAAGAGGAAGUGGUUGAGUUCUUUGAGUCACUAGGCUUCAACUGUCCUCACAGAAAAGCUAUUGCUGACUUCUUGUUAGAAGUGACUUCAAGGAAAGAUCAGAAGCAGUAUUGGUCAUGGGAUUGUGAACCUUAUCAGUACUUCACAGUUGAGCAAUUUUCAGAUGCCUUUCCAACAUUUCGUGCUGGCCAAAUCGUUAAGAAGGUUCUUGAAGUGCCAUUUGACCAGAACCUGACUUCCAUUGCUGCUCUUACCACUUCAAAACAUGGUUUGAGGAAAAGGGAGUUGUUCAAAGCCGUAUUUGCUAGAGAAGUCCUGUUUAUGUGGAGGAGCCCAUCCCGCAACAUAGUUAAUUUUACACAUAUGAUUGUGAAAGCGUUCGUUGCAUCAAGCAUUUUCUGGCAUAGCAAGAUGCGCCAUGAUUCAGUUACUGAUGGAGGGAUAUACCUGGGCUUGUUCUUCUCUGUGAGUGAAACCAUGUUCAGUUCAUUAGGUGAUCUUGGUGCUGCUGUCAUGAAGUUGCUACUUUUCUUCAAGCAAAGAGAUGUUUUCUAUCCAGUAUGGGCCUACACAUUGUCUACAUGGAUUAUUAAGAUUCCCAUCACAUUCAUUGGAGUUACAAUCUGGGUUGCUAUGACAUACUAUGCAGUUGGAUUGGACCCAAAUGUUGGCAGGCUCUUCAAACAUUACUUUUUGCUGAUAGCAGUUGGUCAGAUGUCAUCUUCCCUCUUCCGUUUGAUUGCUGGAGUCACAAGAAACAUGUUCAUAGCGAAUGUAUUUUCAGUAUUCUUGAUGCUUAUCCUUGUGCUUUUAAGUGGAUUUAUAAUUUCAAGCGAUAAUCUGAACAAGUUUUGGAUGCUUGGCUAUUGGAUCUCACCACUUAUGUAUGCACAAAAUGCCAUAUCGACAACUGAGUUUACAGCUCAUCGCUGGAAUAAAAUAGUUCCUGGAUCAACAGAAUCACUGGGAACAACUGUCCUGAAAUCUCGUGGGCUAUUUUUUGAAGCAAAGUGGUACUGGAUUGGCUUAGGUGCACUGGUUGGAUAUAUAUUUCUCUUCAAUGGCCUCUGCACAGCAGCAUUUGCGUACUUCAAAUCACCUGGUAGAACCUAUUCGUCUGUACCCAGAAAUGCUCAAGACAUAAAACUAGAGAAGUUGAGAAAUGAUGCUCCAUCAAAGAGAUUCCAUCAGAAAAUAGUAACAGACGAAUCUUCAAGUACUCUCAACAAUAGGAGGGCAACUCUUCCAUUUGUGCCACUCUCACUUACCUUUGAGAACAUAAGGUAUUCAGUAGAUAUGCCGAAGGCAAAGAAAUCACAUGGUGAGAUGAAUGAUCGUUUCGAGAUACUAAAGGGUGUGAGUGGUUCCUUCAGGCCUGGUGUGCUGACUGCCUUGAUGGGCAUAAGUGGUGCUGGCAAGACAACACUCAUGGAUGUGUUAGCAGGAAGGAAAACCGGAGGCUACACUGAAGGGACAAUAACUGUCUCAGGCUACCCAAAGAAGCAAGAAACAUUUUCUCGUGUAUUUGGAUAUUGUGAGCAGUCAGAACAUUCUCAACAUUUGACUGUUCUUGAAUCACUUCUGUUCUCUGCAUGGCUCCGCUUACCCUCAGAGAUUGACUCAAUAACAAGAAAGAUGUUUGUUGAGGAUUUGAUGGAGCUCUGGGAGCUCACAUCAUUGCAUGGUUCACAUGUGGGACUUACUGGAGUCAAUGGCCUCUCAUGUGAGCAACGGAAGAGGCUAACCAUUGCAGUGGAGCUUGUAGCUAAUCCUUCCAUCAUUUUCAUGGACGAACCAACCUCAGGGCUUGAUGCUCGGGCUGCAGCAAUCGUGAUGAGGACUGUAAGGAACCUUGUGGAUACUGGUAAAACUGUUUUAUGUACCAUUCACCAGCCAAGCAUCGAUAAUUUCGAAACUUUCGAUGAGCUUCUUUUACUAAAUCGAGGAGGGGAAGAGAUAUAUGUUGGUCCAUUAGGAAACCAUGCUUCAAAGCUGAUCAAAUACUUUGAGGGAAUUGAAGGUGUUAAUAAGAUAACAGAUGGAUAUAACCCUGCGACAUGGAUGUUGGAGGUGACGUCAACUGUACAAGAGCAGAUGCUUGGGAUUAGUUUUUCUGAAAUAUACAAACACUCAGAGCUGUACCAGAGGAACGAAGAUGUGAUAAGAGAUCUAAGAAGGCCUCCUACUGGUUCCACCGAUCUCCAUUUUGAUAAUAAAUAUUCACAGCCUUUCUUCAAGCAAUGCUUAAUAUGCUUGUGGAAGCAAAAUCUGUCAUAUUGGAGAAAUAUUCAUUACACAGGUGGUAGAUACUUUAUCACCAUAAUGAUCGCAUUGCUCUUUGGUACGGCAUUCUGGAACCUUGGCAUGAAAAGGUAUCCAUCCGGUGGUUGCUAUGGAAAGGAUAGUGUUCUACAAGGAGAGAGCUGCUGGAAUGUAUUCAGCUCUACCUUACACAUUUGCACAGUGAUAGGAUUCGAAUGGACAGCAACCAAAUUCUUCUGGUACCUAUUCUUUAUGUACUUCACACUCCUGUAUUUCACAUUCUUUGGAAUGCUGGCUGUGGGGCUUGCGCCUGAUGGCAGUAUAGCAGCAAUUGUCUCCUCCGGUUUCUAUGGCUUGUGGAACCUUUUCUCCGGAUUUCUUAUCCCUUUACAUAGAAUUCCUAUCUGGUCAAGGUGGUUCUACUGGAUAUGCCCCGUUGCUUGGACCUUGUAUGGUCUGUGUGCCUCGCAGUUUGGGGAUAUCAUGGAUAAAAUGGAAACUGGUGAGACUGUGACAGAGUUUCUGAGGAGCUACUAUGGCUUUAGGCAUGAAUAUUUGGGAGUGGUUGCUGCGGUGACUAUGGCAUACGCUAUAGCGUUUGCGUUCUUUUUUGGCCUUUCUGUGAAGUACAUCAACUUCCAAAGGAGAUGAUGGGGGCAAUUCCUGGAGGCAAGGUUAUCGCCUCAAGGAUAGGCGGGUCAUGUCCUUGAGGCUUAUAAUUUAGAAAAAGACAGAUCCUCUGCUAGGUUAUCUGCGAGUCUCCCUUAUGUUUGAUAGUAGUGGUUUUAGUUUGAACGACUGAUCUAUUUGUUGAAUUUUUACGAUACUGGGAGAGGCCACCAAAGGCUAGUCUGACGUUCUUGUUUCCGGUAUUUGCUUUAGCAAGAAUUGUAAAUUGUGGAAGGGUUGUGUGGCAUUGCUCGGUCACAUAUUAUGAGGGACAGAAAAUAUGUUGUGGUCAACUGAGACCAAAGUAAAUACAAGUUGCAUACACACUUCGUU